AUGGCCACAAGUCUUGAUCAUCUUUUUGGUGUUACUGCUUUGAUGGGGAAUCGAACGACGAGUACAGAAGCCUCAACGUCAACGCAAGACUCUCUUUUGGAAUUGCUCGAAAAUGAGAUCUCGAAUUCGACAACGACAAUCGAUCCAACAAAUGCACAAAAUGAAACCAUGUAUUGGCUACCGUCGGAUCUCCAACAUUUGUACACAAAAUUCACCCAUGUUUCCCAUUACGAAUGGAUAAUCUUCGGGAUUCUUUUCAUUGCCGUUCUUCUCAUUUUAGCACUCGUCACCGGCAUUUGUUGUUGGCUUUUUAAACAUAAAAAACGAGUUAUCGAGCGUCAUGAUGAGCCGAUCGUUUCUGAAUACGAAGAUGGAUAUAAAUGGCCUAGAUGUUUCGCUUGCUGCUGUCGAAAGAAAAUGAGUCGAUCACAAUGGGAAAGGCAAGGAUCGGCAUCGAAUUUGGAUCCAUACAAGAGGCAACCAUUGCCACCGAUUACUGGGCAUCAAUAUGAUGAAGAUGGUUACAAUGGUUCCUAUCUUCCGCCGAAUCGUCUCCCGCCUGUUGAAAAGAAAAUCCUCCAUUUUCAUCCAAAUGACGCAACGUGGGGAAUGAAUAUUGCAGGAAUCAAAGACAUUCCCUCGGUGAAAAUCUCUUCGAAUCAACAUCGCCCGUUGCCUCAAUUGGAAAAGUUU